AUGAAGUUCAUGGCCCUUCUUUGCCUGCUGGCGGCGCUUUCGCCGGUGGCUGGAAAGAGGCUCAAGUCGCCCCAAAACCUUCCAAGCGAGCUAUCCUCGGAGCUGGAGACAGCAUUCGCCGCCGUUGCUUCGGACGACAAGAACAGCAACUGGACUCGCCUCGUCGAAUCCAUUUCCCAUCUAAGCGCUCUCGCCACUGACAAGCCCAAGAGUGGAUCUUCUGGCCCGCCUGUCCUGGAUGAAAUUGAACACUUUGCCACCACGGCGGAUUCCCUCUUGACUGUCAUUGACGUUUACAACAGUACCAUUCUGGUUGAUCCCAACAUGGAUGCUCCGACGCAAUUCCACAUGGUCCUUCACCAGGUGAGGGCCGGGUUGAUCGAUGUUCACACUUUGGCAGCGAGAAUGCUCCAAGACAUGGCCGAAAUACUCCGAGAGGAGAAAUCUCCAGCACAAGCGUCGGCAUCCAAGUUUGUCGAGAGGCGUCUCCAGCAAGAACUCAAGGGCAACAGUCGUCAUCGAGGAGGAGAAAAGCAUCGAAAGUUGCAGCAGCUCAAGCACAAGGUCAAGUCCAAUGGGAGCCCCAAACUGCGUCAUCAUUUUGCCUUGCAGGAUGCCCUUCUUGCUGGAAACACGGAGUUCUUGCAACGCAGAAUUGAUCGUUUGAAUCGGAAAAUGAAUGAUGGUGACCAUCGACGCUUGCAGGUAGCCGAUACCUUUGACGAGAGCUGCGCCGAGUUGGUGGAAUGCCUGCAGGAAUGGUCUCUCUACGAUGUGGUCAUGUAUUUCUACUCACCUUACAUUGACGACGACGGGGUGUUGUCAGAUGACUUUCAGAACGUUGAUACUUGGGUGGAUGGCGGGAUUUGGAACGACGUGGAAGCCAUCACCAACGCGUUGAAUGCCAUCAAUCUGGACGAAACCGACGCGGACACCAAACGGCAGCAAUGCGCCAACCUCCUCGAGCUCUUUCACACCAACGAAGACCAGGACAGCUACGAAGAGUACCACCCGGGGACGUGGAGAUCCGUUUGCCGAGCUGAAGGAGCCACCAAAUAUGUUCAGUUUGCCUACUUGCAAAACAUUUCCGAAACGGUGACCAAUCAAGUAUUUGACGAUCUGGUGUCGUGUGCCACGCGCCUGGGCGAGUCCAUGUUUUUUAGUUCCAAAGACAACCCCCGGCUUCCGACUGGGCUUUCUUCGCUCGGCGGCUCAGGAAGGGACGAACACGGCAAGGCCGUGACACCAGCCGAGCCUUGGACGUACUUUGACAUGGAGUACCUGACUGUCAUGGGUUCGGCUUCCAUGUGGCGUGGUCAAAAGUUGACCGACGCGAGUGAUACAGAGUGCAUUGAUCUGGUGGACGCAUACUACAAACCACUUCUGGUGGACGGAGGAACGCGAAUUUUCACGACGCAAAAGAGAGAAUAUCCGUCAAUAUCCAUUGCAUGUGAACGUGGAAAUGUCAAAUCACCUGCUGAGGUGACUGAGGAAUACACUGGCACGACCUACACGCCAACUGGGCAGUACACCUUGAGGUCGGACGAAGUAAGCUGCCCCGCUGGAACAUACAUUUUGACACCAGAUGAAUGCCAGGCGGCUGGGUUGGCAAUGGGCGGGCAAUUGCAGGGCGGAAGUAUUGGAAAUAUUGGAACUAUUGUUCAGGGUGCUUGGGGAGACGAAUAUGACGGCAUUCCUGCAGGAUGCUCUCUUCAGGCUGGAGGAGUCAUCCAUUUCAACACGCAUUGGACUAUGGGGCCUUGGAAGAAUAAUGGGUAUCAAAGCGUCUGUCGCACAAGUGUGAUAUAUCAAACGUCUCUACCGGGGUACGAUGACAGAUGCCCCCCUGGAACAGAGAUUAUGACGGAGGAAGAGUGCGGAGAUGCGGGCAAGUAUCUCGGGGGAAACUUGAGAAAUGGUGCAGUGUAUGUGGACUAUGCUGGAGUUGUUCCAUGCGGCUGCUCCUACCAGAGUUCGGGUGAUGGUGCAGUGCAUUUGGGUGCAAGCGGCACCUGUGGGAACGGCGUUGGCUAUACACCUGUUUGUCGCUAUGUGAGGGAACUGAACUGUAUAUUGCCCUGCCGCAGUCAUGGAGAGCAUAUCUAUGUCUUGCUCACAUCUUUUUCGCGUUCCGGUCGCUUCGGACUUCUGCAGAAAUACUUAAAACCGGAGGCGGAUCAGUUUGACAGAUGCCCCACAGGAAUGGAGAUUUCAAGCCUAGAGGAGUGCCAUCGCGCCGGACUCAUGAUGGGUGGAAGCCUUCGCGAUGGCAGCGUUGUUUCCCGUGGUUCUGGGUAUUCAUUUCCCUGCGGUUGUUCUUUGGAGACUGGUCUUGACAAUGCUAUUCACUUUGGAAACGGUAAUAAUUGUGCGAGUACAACCGACGGAUCGUCAUGGAACAUCCUCUGCCGGGAUGAUGGAAGAUACUCCAUUGUGAAACCAGCACAGAUAGAUAAGUGCCCCGAUGGUAUGGAUAUUGGGGAUGCCGCAACUUGUCGGGAAGCUGGUCUGCUUCUUGGCGGGAAACUCUUGGACGAUGGGAAUAUCGAGGGAGCAAAUGAUUCGUCAAGACCAUGUGGUUGCUCAAUCUACAGGGGUGACUAUAGGAUUUCCUUCAACUUGGCAACUUCCUGUUCCGCAGCAAGCGGUUCAUACAUCAGUGUGUGUAAUCAGAAUUCCUACUACCAUCCAGUCGGAGGUUCCUGCCCCGUCGGGAUGACUUACGUUGACGGUGCCUGUCGUAAUAGGAAGUAUUUUGAAGUGCGAGAUGAUACCAAGGAAAAGUGCCGGGACGGAGCCGAAAUAACCUCAGAAGAGGAGUGCAAAAGAGCUGGCCUUCUCAUGGGCGGAAUUCUCUUGGACGAAAAGAUCCAAUUAGGUCCACCGUGUGGUUGCUCAAUUAUGAAGACGUUCUUCAAUGCUAUUAGCUUCAAUUCAGGUGACAAUUGUGCGAAAGACUCUCGAUACACAAAUAUUUGUUAUGACGACACGCCUCAGGAUUGGUACUGCGACGUUAGCGUGGGUGAUGUCGAGGUUUGCAGUAAUGUCCGGUUGGGCGGAGCUGACGACGUUUGCCCUGCGAACUCUGAGGCCAUCAGUUUGAGCAAUCCUUGCACAGGCGAUGAAGUGCAUGAUGUUUCGACUAUCUUUCGUCUGGCCACAGACCGUGAUCAAGCAGCUGAGUUGGCCCUCGGUUCCAAGACAUCUGUUGGACUGGUCUGUGCGUACGCCGAGACAACAGGGUUGCCUGGAUACUGUUGUCUUGACGCUCCUUUCGAGCGGGAGGACGCUUCCUGGGGAAACGAGUUUUCGUGUGAUGAUGGAGAGGACCAGUGCAACAACAAGGCCCCCGGGUUGGCUGCGUUUAGCGAGGAGGCCUGUGCUGUCUACUCAGGCACGCAUUGUGCUUAUGCGCGCGAUUGCACUGCUCUGAAGACGUGCAUCGACGAUGAGAUCUCUUGGGCAGAGUCAAAUUCUCGAUCUGCGUACAAGGGAUAUUUGUCUGACGCUCCGAACAUCACCGAUACUGGCGACUCGGACCAAUGUGGCGAAGUGAGAGAAUAUUUUGGCUACGAUUCAGAUUACCCGGACGAUGACGAAAUCUGCGACGACGUGCAGUAUCUGAGAUACAACAAACAGUUUGACAACAUAGACGCAACAUUCGGCAGUUCAAGUUCACAGUCUGGUGUGGAUGAUGGGGGGUCACAGCUGGAUUUGACAGCGCCUGAAACACCCGAAAUCACCAGUGAGGGGUACGACGACGUUUCGAAUGCACUGUAUGUGUACACUCAAACUCUAUCAUCUCUUGAAGAGGCUUUCGAUGUCAUCGAUUCAACCGAGUGCGCCGAGGAUAUGACAGGGACAACAAAAACUUUGUGUGCCUUUGCGAAAAACAUCCUGUCGUAUGCAGCACUUCUGGCGUUCUUCGUCGCAAGAAGGGUAUACACCGCCUUGGAGCAUGAAUAUCCCUCUAUCAGCGACUAUGAACAGUACGAAGUUUACUACAACGUAAAGGUCGUGUACGACAACAUGGUUGUUCUGAGCGAUAGUUUGGAACAGAUCAAGACUCAAAACACCAACAAUGCUGAAUCAAUCAAGGACGACAUUAUUGCGCAAAUCGACCUUCUUUGCGGAUCGCAAGAAAGCGGCCGGCGCCUUUCCGUGGAAACUGCCACGGCGGUCAAGUUUGCUGGAUGCGAUGGAGUGGAUCAAGAUGCCGAUGGCGUGAUCGACAACUGUGAAGAAGACAACUUCCCACCAGAAGUUUUGGUUGGUUCGUUCUGCCCUUUGGAGAGGACGUCGAGGGAAGUUGACGGCGCCACACUGGUUGGCGGUCGAGUCUUUUCGACUGUUCAGGAUGCCAUGGAUGUUCUACGUGCUGUGGUCAUGCCUUCGGACGAUUGUGCUGCCAAAGAAUCUCUUUCCAUGCAGUUCACGGUCGCGACGGAAUCUGAAUGCAACGCCACCAUUUCAGCUGUGCCUCUCCACGACUGCAAUGGAGUCGUCAACGCAGGACAUGAAGAACUCUUCAUUUUCCCUGUGGACGGUAAAGCCCCUUCUGCGACCUGUGGAUUCAGCUCCUCUACAACAAAAGACAAGAAGCUUCUGCUCAUCCAGGAAGCACCUGGAAAGCGAGCUGUUAAUACGGAGCUUUUUUACCAGAUUACGGACGCAUGCUCCAAAGCGUUGAAAGUAGACGUAAAGGUGUUCAGCAACGAGUUGGACGAGGAUGUCAGCGCUUACUUGGCUAAAACAAGGCCCAAGGAUGGUUCCGCCCAGAAGGCAGAGCUCCACGUGCAGGCCACAAGAUGCGAGAGAAAACUCAAUGGCUUUUGUCACGGGGAUGGUACUCAGGAGCGAGUAUACGAAGUCCAUGUGACGGCCACCGAUGAUGCUGGUUGGACGAGCCGAGAUGUUUGCCGGGUUGUAGUGGCAAAGCAGCCGGAAGAGUUUGACUAUGGUGCUGAAGGUGGUUCACCUUCCUCUCCGCCUGUGUUGACCGACAGCCCAAGGCGUUCGUUAGAAUCAGCAGACUGCAAGUACGAGGUCGGGGCCCUGUCGUUGCAUCAUCCAUGA